CUGGUGUCAAUGUCUCUUGCUCCCAGAGCUCUGCUGAGGACAUCUCUCACAACAUCCAACCGUAAUUGGCUACUGAAUAUUGAAGGAUAAUCCGAACACAGAAAGAUACGAAAGUUAAAAUCUUACACCGAAAAUCUUAGCACGUUUCAUUCACACUCUACUCGCAUACCACUACAGUGAACACGCGCAGUUUAGGCACACGCACGAGAGGCGGAGUGCAUGAGUCAUUAACCAAAAGUGACCAGUGCGUUUAAAUUCAUAUCUUCAGGGAGUACACAAGGAACCUCAUGAUGAGCCAAAUGGAUGAGUUUCACAUGACAAUUCGUACCUCCACAUUACCUCACUCAGGAACGUAUGGCAGUGUUUGGAUCUCUCUGGUCGGUACUCUUUGCGAGACCCCUCCAGUGAAAGUGAAUCCAGAACAACAUCGUCUCCUGCCAGGCUCAGCCUAUACUAUUGUCAUCACACCUACAGAGGAAGUUGGUAAACUGGUUUUGAUGAAACUGCGUCUUGAGGCUCAGCCUGGGUUUCCAGACCUGAACUGGCACUGUCAGGAUGUUGAGGUGAGACGGCAUUCUGAAGAUCCCAAUGUGGAUGUUUUUCUUUGCCAUAAAUGGAUUCAGAGCGCAGACGGAUGUGUUGAGCUUCGGAACGAUAAAGUGUGUCUGAAAAAGGAGGAGACAUUGGCAAUCCUAAAAGCUCACAGGGAGAAGGCUCUUAAGAAUAAACAGCAGUCUAUCAGGUUUGGCACAUUUGUUGACGGCGUCCUUGGAUGUGUGGACAUGCCCAGUGUGGCAGCUCUAGGUCCCAACCUGACUCACAUUCGUCAAAGUCCAGGCAGCAAUGUGCACUAUCUAAAAGGUUUUACUGAAAGAGGAACAUCUUGGAAUAGUCUACAAGAACUUGAGACAUUCUUCCUGUUCAACGGAAGAGAGAACACAGUUGCGAAAUAUGUUCAGGCCCAUUGGAAAGAGGAUGCAUUCUUUGGGUAUCAAUGCCUCAAUGGCUCCAAUCCGCUGUGUGUCAAGCAGAUCCGCAGCCUGCCACCCAACCUCGCUGUCACUUCAAAGAUGGUCAGAUGUUUUUUGCCGGAGGGGUCUUCCCUGAAGCGUGAGAUGGAGAAAGGACGUGUUUAUCUUCUGGAUUAUGAGAUUCUGGAUCAGUUGCCUGACAAUACUGUCAAUGGCAAGCAGACGUACUUGACUGCUCCUUUAUGUCUGCUGCAUUACAACCAAAAUGAAGAACUAAAGCCAAUUGCCAUACAGCUUCAACAGUCUCCUGGUCCACAGAACCCUGUUUUCUUGCCUUCUGAUUCUGCAGCGGAUUGGUUGUUAGCAAAGAUAUGGGUGCAUAAUUCAGAUUUUGUAGUCCAUCAGCUGCUUUCCCACCUGUUGCGCACUCAUCUUGUGGGGGAGGUGUUUUGUACCGCAACACUCCGACGUCUACCGGAGAUUCAUCCUCUGUACCAGCUCCUUAUGCCACAUAUUCAGACUACUCUUCAGAUCAACAUUCAAGCUAGAGCAACUCUUCUGGCCAAAGAUGGGGUUUUUGACAAGUCUAUUUCUUGCGGUCUGGAUGCAGCGAAGCUGCUGCUUGCUCGAGGAACUCAGCGUCUGCGCUAUAGCUCGAUGUGUGUGCCAGAUGACCUGAGAUGCCGUGGACUGGAUACACUCCCCAUCUGCUAUUACGCACAAGAUGCUAUCAGGGUGUGGGAUGCUCUACAUAGGUUUGUUGAGGGCUGGAGUAGUUUGUAUUACUGUAAUGAUGAGGACAUCCAGCAGGACUGUGAGCUGCAGAACUGGAUUAGAGAGAUCUUCAUGAAGGGAUUCCUUGGCCUUAGUCACACAGGAAUUCCACAGUCAUUUCAAACAACUGCUGAAAUGUGCAAGUUUGUCACCGUGGUGAUCUUCACCUGCUCUGCGCUUCACUCAGCUGUCAACUUCUCUCAGCUGGAUUACAACCUUUGGAUACCAAACAGUCCAGCAGCUCUGGUACGCCCUCCUCCUCAGACCAAAGGCCUUACAACUGAGGAUGAGCUUGUGUCCUUCCUUCCAGGAGUGAAUUCCUCUUGUCACGUCCUUAGUAUCUUGAGUCUACUGUCACAACAUGCCAUUGACUAUGUGCCCCUGUGCCACUAUAAGGAGUGGUACUUCCGCAGUGGCGCCACCCUCAGGCUUGUGGAGAAAGUACAGAAGGAGUUGAAGAAGAUAGCAAGAGACAUCACAAAAAGAAACACACAGCUGGAGUUACCCUACACUUAUCUGUCCCCAGAUUAUAUUGAAAACAAUCUGGCCAUCUGAGUCUAACAAAUCAAGCACUGUUUUUCUUCUUUAGAAGUAGUAUCAUUGGGGGGUUGAACAGGUUUUCUGGAUUUUAGAAAUAUCAUAAGUAAACAUUACAUAAACCAUGUGUGGUGUUUAUUUUUAUGUACCACUGUGUUAAUUUUGACAUUUGUUUUUUGAAUGUGGUAGUACGUGUGUCUAUUCUUUUGCUUGAGUAGCCUAUUAAAUACU